AUGGCUGCGCACGAACGACAUUUUCGGGCACUGCUGGCGGCUGCACUCUUGGCUGCAUUGCACUGUCCGCUUGUUUGGUCAGCUGCUUCGAUUCCCUUGGGUGCAGAAGGAAUCAAGAUGGGUUCCUUGCGCUUCGACCCUCCUCAGCUGGAUUUUCAAGAUGAGUUCACAUGUGUCGCUCACCAUGAGAGGGUGAAUAUCUACUGUGACGGAUGUCACGACUUCCUUAGCGUGGAAUCCGCCUCCUCAGAUGUUGCGGACAUCAUACCAGCUCUCACUCCCCGGAGUGGAGUCAAGAAGAACAAGAAGGGCAAAUCACCUGUGAUUGCCAUCCUGCACGUGAUGUUUAUAGCACAGCAGCCUGGUGAAGUACAUGGGCGAAUUGCUGUAUCCACUACAGCAGGUGUCAUCAACUACGAAGUGAAGGGGAACGCCACAGCGAAUCAGUAUCGCAUUGACCCCGUGGUGCACUCAAAGGUGAGCGGAGGGGAGGUCAUGCAUCACCCCUUGUCAGUCUUCAAUCCUUUCAACGAAGUCAUGCAGAUUAGCCAGGUUUUCACGAAUGACACCUUCAUUCAGCUACUUGCACCUGGAGAAUUUCGCCAGGCGGGCCACAAGAGAACGCCAGCUGGCUCUGGCUCCCUGCUGCCUGAACGUGCUGGAUCAGCCUGGAAGAUCCAACCACAGGAGCAAAGUAUUGUUGGUUAUGCCAAGUUCACUUUGCCUCCGGGCAAGUAUCGGGGAUUCAUUGAAAUUAGAAUCGAAGGGCAUCCUACGCGAAUUCUGAUACCAGUCACCUUGGGAGUUGUCAAGGUAACAGGAAUCAAGAUUUCCCCUGAAAUCGUCGACUUCCAAACCUUGGUCUCUUCUGUUCAAGCAAGAUCCAUUUGGCUCUCUGUGACAAACCUGAACUCGCAGCCGAUACAACUGCUGUCUUUGUUUGAUCCAACUCAGAAUCCCAAUCUCCAGAUAUCGGGCUUCGAUCAUAAGAAAGGAAUUAGCGUCUCUUCAGGGUCAAUGGUACGAUUUGCAAAGGUGACCUACCACGGUUCAAGGGAAGGCGCUGUUCACGGUAAGUUGCAGCUCAUUGUGAAUGAUACCGAUGCUGUAUCUGCGACCCUGGAUGUGCCAUACAAAGCAAACGUUUUAUAUGGUUCCCUUGGUUUCAUGAAUGACAAGACCAAGUUUCUUGCCACACCUGGCCGUGUGACAUCUACAAUGCGCGCGAUAAUGGUGUCGAACAACUUUUCCGUUCCUAUAUUGAUACGCUCUGCAAAGAUAGACGAUGCUAGCUUCAAGAUCUCACAUUUUCAGCCUGACACCGUCUUGCAGCCAGGGGAGGCCGCCUCCUUGAUGCAUUUAGAGUACACGUCCAACGGGAGCAGUGCCUUGUGCACCAGGGACUUAGAGCUGGCCACAAAUGUGACUGCGAUGAAGAUCCCUCUUCAAGUCUACCAUGGAAACCUCCAUUGCCAGAUGGAACAUGGUGAACUUCAAGAAUGCAGUGCGGCUGCCAGCGCUGGCAGCCUCGAUUUGGACUUAGGGAUUCUGAGCGUAUCAGAAGCACGCCGGUCACGGCUUAACAUCACGAACCUCAAUCCGGUCAACGUGACGAUUGAGAGCUUUAGCUUCAGUCACCCGAGUGUGAGCCUGCACAUGGAUGGCAUGUACAGUCCGCAGGGGAUUCAGACACGCGGAUCCAGGCCAAUCCCAAGGCAGUCGAACACAAAGAAGGUGCUGACUCUGCAACCUGGGCAUAGGUUGGCUCUAACCUUAGAAGUUCUUGAGAAGGAGCCUACAGUUGCCGGCGGGCCAUCUGUGAACGCCAGCGUGCAGCUGGUCACCAAGCGAGGUGAAAAGAUUACCAUAAGAAUCAGGUACGAGAGCGUUCUGGGCGGGCUGAGCUUUUCUCCAGCGAGCUUGCGGUUUGAAGCAUCAUUUCCUGGCCGAGUCCAGAAUCGUGUUGUUGCGGCACGCUCAACUUUCGAGCAGCCUUUGCAGCUUAGCGCAGUUCGAUCGACUGACAGCCGUAUCAUUCCCGAGCUUCUCACGAAGACCCUGAAACCCUUGGCUCGAACGGAAGUUGUUAGGGUCUACUAUGAUCCAGCGAAGGUCUCCAUGCCUUCUGGAGCUGGUGCAGCAGAGGAUUCAGCGCGUGAGCUGUUCGCUGCUUCAGAGUCAGGUGAAACAGUUCAUUGGAAUACUCCAUUGACGCUUGACUCUUUGGAGCAGUGGAUGGCUCGACAAAAGUCUGUCACACAUGUUCAUGGAAGAGGGACCGACAUUAUUGAAGCCAUGUUGAUUUUUGACACGAAUAUUGUAUGGGGUGCCACUCUUCAAGUGCAAGCGUCGUUGAUGCAACCGCAUGCUCUGUUCGAGCCUAUGCUGGCUUUUGACCUCACGCAAGUGGGCGCGACAAAGGCUCGCUGGCUACUAGCGCAGAAUCCGUCAGAUUCUCCGCUUGCACUUCAAUUGGUAUUCCCAGUGUGCACAGACCAAGCCAUGAAGUCGCGCUCCAGCCUUGCUCAGCAGAAUCAGACCUCCACUGCACCGGACGCAACCUGGUCUUCAGCUCUGGCGGCAGACUGCGAGGGUGGACGAGCUUUUCAUUUGGGGCCAGAAGCGGAGGGACAGAUCUGGCAUGUGGAACCAUAUGGCGAAGCUUCAAUAGGACCAGUCAUUUUCGAGCCUUUCCAGCACGCGCAGUUCCGGACCACACUCUAUGUGCGAAACAACCUCACCACCUUGCAUCCAGUGGAGCUGAAUGGACAUGGUGGCUCGAGCCGGCUAGUGUUUCCUGAAGGGGUCCUAGAAUUCAAUUUGACGAUCUCAGAUUUUGCUGAAGAGGAAGAUGGGUCAGGUUUGCAAAACCUUGGCAAACUCAGAUUGAAUGAAUCAGAUGAUCUCUACGUCAGCAAGUCUGGGUGGCUUUCCUGGAUGACCGCAAACCAAACAGAAAGUGCAGUCGAGGACAGUGAGAAAGGGUCCAAGCCAUGGUGGCGGCAACGCCGCCUGGCCGUGACGCGCAGCAUUGUCGCUACAAACGACUGUGAGCUCCCCGUUGAGGUGGCCCAGAUCGACAUUGGUGGCAUCCCAGGAUGUAGCGCCUUCGGCUUUGAGGUGCAAGAUUGCCAGCUACCGAUCACAGUCGCGCCGCGCGAAUCCGUUGCCUUCAUGGUUUCCUUUACGCCAGAAGUUGUUGCCUCGCGCUGGGUUCAGCCAAAGCAGCAGAAGACGCUCAAAAUCAUGAGACGUGCUUGGGUUUCUCAUGAAUUGGUGUCUGAAGUUGCAUCCAUUCUUCUGGAGAAUGUCCUGAUGUACGAUGUUGAAUGGCACCGACCUAAAACCUCUCCCCUUGAUGAUUUCAGAGCCUUGUCCCUUGGGGAGGCAGAUGUGAACUUUGAGGUGUGGCAAGGAGGGAAAGCAGAGGAGCUACAACGAUGGGUUCGAAGUGAUUCAGCAGAGGUUGUGGGCAGCCACUCCAUGCUUGCAUAUGACGGCAUACACACACUGAAGCACACAAUUGACCGCUUCCCUGAAGCAGAAUUUUACCAGUAUCUACAAACUCCACAGAUGUCAUGGGUGUUUGCGAGUGAUGCAUUUCAGCAAGGAGAGUCAUUUGCUGAUCCGGGCAACCUUUGCAGAGAUCAAAGGUGGAACUGCACUGACUUUGUGUGGCAACCCCCGCAUUGUAGAGAGGAGGUCCGCUGCGUGGGUCAGGUGUUGCACGAUUAUCCUCACUACAGCCAGGGGGUGAUGGAGCAACAAAUUGCCAACAAUGGAUUGCCACUGUCUACUGUUUACUUGACCCCACUUUCCAAGCAGGUAGCAGUAUGGAAUGCCUUUGCAUCAAAAAGAAAUAUUUUGUUCCAGCACCACUUCCCAUCUGAGGGAGUUGACGGUGUCCCAAGCAGUGCUUUCGUGCCCAUCCAAUUUUCACCCAAGCGGUAUGGAUGCAACUCCACCGAAAGCUCUUCUCCUGACGGCGGCUUCAGUUGCCAUCUUGAAGCCAAGCGCUUGCUGAUCGUUGCCUCCCCAGCAUUCGUGACAGAAGGAGACGCAGCAUAUUUUGCCGAGCGCUUCCGCCUUGACAAGGAGAGCUAUGACAGACUCUUUGAUCUUUGGCGGCAGCAUGAUGGUGAUGCUUAUCAAGCCGCCUGCAGGUGGUUGCAAGAGACCGGAAGUUCUAAGUGGGGAGGCUGGAUCAGAUUCAGCAAGCAAGUGGAUUUUAUCCGUGAAUUCCCUCCCAUGUCGGGGUGCUUUCCAACCUUCUACUUAUUUUUCCUGGCUGCUGUGACGGUGGCCUUUACGGAGAAGUAUUUGCUCAAGAGCCUAAAGGCCUGCAAGCGAUGGUGUACCAGGCCGCCAGCCCAGAACCCGAACUGGGAGCCCACGGAUCUCAGUGACAUUCAGAGACGCAUGAAUGAUCGUGCCAGUUACACGACUCCAGAUUUCACCUCCAAACUUGUUGCCUCAAGAAGCGCAUCCUUCGUUGAAGUGAAGAUGGCCCUUUUGAAAGGUUCUAUGGGAUUUAUGAGCUUUUUCCGUGAUGAGGAAGACUUUUGUGAAGACUCUGGCCGGGCCAUGAUUCCUCCACAAGCUUCGUCAUGUUUUCGUCAAUACUUCCACAGCAGCCUGCAGGUCCUCAUUUACAUUGUCACAUCCGGCCUCGCAAACAUUGCUGUUAGUGCGCUCACCUUUGCUUUGGCGACUGGCAUGGUUGGUGCACUUUUGGCUGAAGUUCGGGCCACGAAGGAAAACAACAAGCAAGUAGAUCCGCUUCUUCAAGUGGAAGACUGGUACACCAACUGGCUUUCAGACAUGCAAACCGUAACAGUUUUGAUCGAUGACUUCAAGUUUUUGCCGACCUUCUUCAUUACCUACAUGAUUGGGCAAGAUGUAACUCGCUGGCUCGAAUGGCUUCGAACUAUGUUCCGCGUGCAAGGACGGCUGCAUGAUGUGGGGCUUGUGGUUGCCACUUCUUAUCGGAAGGUGAACGAUCCACAGAUUGGAAAACAGCAGCGCCAGAUGCUUUUCAAGUGGUACAGAUAUCUCAAUGCAAUUCAUUAUUUGGGCUAUUUCAAGCUGGCACCAAGCAUUGGAGCCUCUGGGGAUGAAGUUCUUCAAGACCUACGCACUGCUGGGCUUCUGAAGGAGGCCGAGUGCCAGCAGCUUCAGUUUGCAGGUACCAAGUUACGAGACACCCUGGUUUCAUGGCUGGGCACAUUGUGGCAUGACGAGCUUGAACGUGGAUGGGUUCAGAGUUCAGACUCCGACGUCUUCAUGCGAAAGAUUUGCGAACUGCGUGGAAUUCUGGCCCAGCUGAGCGACAUGCAAGACCUGCGGAUCAGCCAGAUGGUGCGUGUCAUGAUGGUUGUAGUAACCAACAUUCUUCUGGGAUUGGCACUGAUCGGCUACCCCACGAAGAUGUAUGAAGACACAACGGAAUGUAUCCAAUUCUGGCCACUGAUUGCAUGCUAUCUUUACUUCAUUUGCUACCGAGGGAUGCUUCACGUGAUGUUUCUGUUGGACAAGGGCCCUUUCUACGCGAAAGGAGAUUGUGUGAAUAUAGAUGCAUUGUUGAUCAGUACAGAACGCUAUAUGUUUCACAUUUUUCGCACUUCAUUCAAGAGUAGCCAACAGAAGAAUACAAAAUAUCCGUUGCCUGAUCGGCCACAAGAGCCGGCUGCGGUGUAA